CUACGCCUCAUUUCACAGUAAUAGGUCCCACUCAAUCCGGAGCGCCGGGGCCGCUUCACAUACACUUUGCUUUUUGAUCCUUGCAACUUCGCUCGCUGCGCUCUGGCAACCGCCCGCGGUUCUUUAUCCCCAGGGUCCGUUUCCAGUACAUAGCCCUUGACGACCUUGACCAGGCCAAGUCGCCACCUAUUCUACUUGCGCACCUCAUUCCUGGCUCCACGGCUCCUCACUCGCUCUUUAUUUCGGUCGAAAUGUCAUUGUCUGAAAUCUAGAGCUUGCGACACCGAUUUCCACACCUCCGAAUGAUAGCCCGUCAACAUAAUGGGUGAAACACUGGUUGAGAAGCUCCAUGAGCUCCAGUCCCUUUCCGAAGACGUCCACCUCUUCUGCCCCCGAGAUGCUCGCGAUCCCAACGGACUAUUCCUGGACGAGGACCUGUACGGCAUGCUAGAUGAUGAAAGCGAGAAUGACAAGCGGCAUCGUCUUAGGGCGCUGGACAAGGCGGAGGAGAGGAAACAACUGGUCUUACAGUGCCUCCGGAUAUUUGCCUUUAACGGGGCCGAUGCCGUUCCGUACCAAGAAUGGCUGAAGGGUCGCUUGAAUGCAACCAUGACCUCCUGUGAUAUUUGCAUCAGGAUGUACCACAGGUCAAGGCCGGAGUUGAAGCAUGGGCUGGAAGAGGAUUACGACUCCGACGAGGUGGCAGAGUUUAUGCGUGUCUUUGAUGACAUGAACCUUGAGCGCAUUACAGCUGGACUCGACCACGCGGAUGACAAGCUUCGAAGCGCGCCACCUGAAUCUCGUGGUAUAGCUUCCUUGGACUCUCAAGGAAUGUAUGCCUUGUUUGAGUCGCUCAGUUGCGAAGCACUUUUGAAGAACGAGGCCCUUUUGCAAAAGCACUUUGAUGAGCCCUUCAAGCUCGUCCAGACCAGGAAGCGUCUGCGGCUUGGCAAUUAUCUGCCUGCAAUGUCGAGGUUCAUCUUCAGCCCUAACGAAGAUCGUUAUGUUUGGGCUUUCACCAUGUUCACAAAGUUCAAACGCGGCUUGACCAAGGCAGAAUUCGCUGGUUCAGUACGGGAUCCAUUGUUCGAUGCGAUGAAGAGAGUCCAACUUACCAAUCUGGAGGCCGACUUUUUGUCUCCUUUUUGGGGAGGCGUCAAGAUUAUUGUUGAUAAGUUGGACAAGGAACUCAUCACCCAAUCUCUGAGAGCCAUCGACAUUGACAUUUGCAUGCUCGCUCUGGAGCAUCUGCGGUUUGAGUUUAGCGGUUUUAAGGAUCUCAUCGGUACCAUUCAACAAUUGCUCGACAAGUCACCAGUAGACUUUUGGGAUGCCAUGGGAGCCAUCUCUCCAGUCACUGUCAUUGAGCAAAUUUUGAACAACAAGACUCUGGAUCAGGUUUUAUUGCAAGCUAAUGAGGAGACUUCGGAUCAAUCGUUGAAGGAAGCAUUCGGCUGGAUUGAUUCGUUUUUCGGCUCAAUUAAACCUUCCAAUCAGACACCCGCCUGUCGUUCACUCGUCAACCAGCUGUUGCGUCGAUUCCAAGAAGACAGAUACUCGCGCGCCUCCCGAUCGUUCUGUUAUAAGUUGGGAUUUCAGGUUCUCGUCCAAACCUUGACCAAGCUAAACGAGGGAAAGACUCGGUCUACCUUUGUCGGUGCUGCCACCGUACAUGAUUUGCUGGAGUUUAUUUCGCUUCAUAUUGGAGUUGUUCUAUCCACAAUCAAAACGGGGAGCCCUGAGGAAGUGGAUCUUUCUUUGGGCAUAAUCGAAAAGGCGUUGGCUUUGGACUGUUUAUCCCUUGACAUUGACAGGGAGAUAUUGGCCCGCGACGAACAUUUGCAGCAUGACCUCAACGCUAUUUCCCCUAUUUGGGACGCCGUUACGAAGGCUGUUGCAUCUGAUGAUGUUGCAUUGCCAACAAAGGCACUGGCUGGAGCUGCUCCUUUGGUCGGAACCGAAAAAUUUGUCGUAAAAAAUGGUGCGCAAAUGUCCAAAGGCAGACACUGGUACAACAACACUCUCUACAGCUUUUCGAAAUCCGUCGGUUCCAUCUUGGAGAAGAUUGCAGAGUUUACACCUGAAGAACUCGACAAAUUGUUCGAAGCUAGAGAUGCUUCGCAUGCCGUCAUUGUCCAUUUGUUCGCCUCUGAAGCGGAGCCACGUCAAGCCGCGAUUGAGAUUUUGAAGAGCGUCAGUUCUCAAGAUAGUCGUAGAGAUGCUCUCGGUCACAUUAUCAAGUCGUUUUACAUCAACGCAUUGGACUCCAUGUCAAAGACGUUGCGCCGGAUUUCCAAGAGGAAAGUUUUUGCGCCAUGUCAGAGCAUGCUCAAGGUUUGCUCUGAUGUUGUCGAUGUUCUUUGCAGUCCACAAGAUGGUGUUCUGAGGGAACGUUCCUUGUCGAUUGAGGAGGCGAAUACCACUGAAUUUCUUUGGCAGUCUUUAUGGCAUGCCUUGAUGACCAUCUUUGAAAUGAUGGAAAAGUGGAGCAACGUCGGACAUGAAAAGACUCUGAUGAUGGACUUUUGUCGCGAUACAAUGCAGUUUGCUGAUAGGCUUUUCGACGAGUACAGCCAUUUCGCGAGCGCUUUAAAUCAGGCGAGAGGAGGUGCCGACAAAUCUCUGGAUACUGGGACUGUUUUGUUGAAGUAUCCUCAACAAACCAUGUAUCACAUGGUCAUCUGGUUGAGGUUGAGGGAUGAAUACCUCAUUGGCAAAGCUGUGGAUCUUACUACCAAGCUUCUCAAGCGUCUUCAGGAUGUCUCGAUGGAGGUUACUGACCAGACUCGGCUUUUUAUGCAAGAAGUUUUGAGCGACAAAACCAAGACUAAGCUUUCGCUCUCGCAAAAGGCUGAACUUUCUCGAGCUCUUGAGGAUAAUCUUGGUAUUUCUAUCACCAAGGUCGAAAAGAAGCCUGCAAAGCAAGGCACGCUUGCAGGAUGGGCAAAGAGCGGUUCAGGUCAUGUUUCGACGGCAAGCCCUGACACGGACGACUCUGAUUCUCUCAGUAAGGUCAUUGCGGACAGUUCGAGAGGUGCAGAGGCCUACAGAGCGCGCAUUCAGGCAGCUCAACAGCAGAAGGAACGUGCUGUUGCUGCUAGGAAGGCCGAAAGUGAGAAGAACAUGAGUGAAUUCAGACGACAGCGGGAACUUGAAAAAGAAGCGAAGAAGAGACGGGAUCUCGAAGCCAUUGCCAAGGCUAAGAAGAACCUGCCUUUGAUGGGUGUGGCCGCGCAGACGGCAGAGGCUGGCUCAGGACUUCGCGGUAUUGGUAUUUCUGGUAAAGACCAUACCGUCAAGGGAGAGGGAGUCAUGGUGUCCUCUGACGAAAGCGAUGAUGACGAUGAUGAGAUUGAUGAGGAGCUUUUUGGGCCAUCCAAGGAGAAGAAGGCGCCUAAACCUAAGCUUCCACUCAUGCCACAGGGUCCGGUUAAGAAGAAGAGGCUUGUCCGGUCAUUCAAGGACAUGCGUGCGAGAUUGGCGCCAGAUCUGGGACCAUUACACAGGACGAUUUUGGGUUGGGAUUAUUUCCAUGAUGGAGACUUUCCUCCCAAUUCCAGGACCGACAUUUAUACGGCCGUUCCAAAUCGGUUUAUGACUCCUAACGACUAUCAGAACACGUUCCAACCUCUUCUCACUCUUGAGGCUUGGCAAGGUUUUGUCAAAGCUCGGGAGGAGGGUACGUUCAAGUCGUACGAAGUCAAGGUUAUUAACCGGUCUAGCGUUGAUGCAUUUCUGGAAUUGAGCACGCAAUUGUCCCACGCUGACAAUAAGGAAAUUCAACUAUCAGAAGGUGACAUUUGCCUUUUGUCCAAGUCGAGCUCUCCCGGAACGGCGGCAGAGGCACCUCAUUGUCUCGCUCGCGUUUAUAGGAUUGGUCGGAAAAAGGCACAUAUCGAAGUGCUGUAUCGUAUCAUUCCCGGAAAUCCUUUGGUGUCAUCUUUGGUGCCGAAUGCCACGGUACACGGAAUCAAGAUUCAGUCCAUUACUCCUUUGGAACGCGAGUACGGUGCCCUUGCGGGUCUGCAGUACUACGACCUUUGUGAUGAGAUUAUCAAAGCGAAGCCAUCGCCGUUGCUCAACUAUACCGACAAGCAAUUGGAGUCACUGAGCACGUGUUAUAAUCUGAAUAAUGCUCAGACCAAGGCGGUCAAGUCGGCCAUAGACAAUGAUGCGUUUACGUUGAUUCAGGGACCACCGGGUUCGGGUAAGACCAAGACUAUCGUCGCUAUUGUCGGCGCCCUUUUAACCGACAGCCUUAAGAAUAAUCAGGGUACUGUCAUCGCCAAGCCGGCCAUGGCCGCCGGAGCCAAUCGCACCCUCCCAACACCAAAGAAGUUGCUUGUCUGUGCUCCCAGUAACGCAGCUGUUGACGAACUCGUCAUGCGUUUCAAGGAGGGCGUUAAGACAACUAGCGGUCAGCACAAGAAGAUUUCGGUCGUCAGAUUGGGUCGCAGUGACGCGAUGAACGUGAACGUCAAGGACGUUACUUUGGAUGAGCUGGUCAAUGCCAAGUUGAAUACUUAUCCAGGUCAGAAUGGCAAUCAGCGUGAGGAAACUCAGAACCUCAUGAAGGAGCAUCAGAUGGUCUCGGAGAAGCUGAGAGAGGCCCGGGAUAAGCUCGACGCUGGGACUGCCAAGGGGCAAGCCGCGAUCGAACUCAAGAACGAAUUCGACACUUUGCGUCGCCGCAAGACGCAGCUCAGCAUGCAAAUCGACAAUGCCAAGGACAGCGAAGCAACCAUGAACCGACAGGCCGACCUCAAUCGUAAGCGAGCCCAGCAAUCCGUUCUCGACGAAGCGCAUGUCAUUUGUGCGACUCUGAGCGGUUCCGGUCACGAGAUGUUUCAAAAUCUGAACAUUGAGUUUGAAACCGUGGUCGUUGACGAGGCGGCUCAGUGUGUUGAAAUGAGCGCUCUUAUUCCAUUGAAGUAUGGUUGCUCGAAGGCAAUUCUUGUCGGAGAUCCCAAACAACUGCCGCCUACCGUUUUUUCGAAAGAAGCCGCCAGGUUUCAAUAUGAACAGAGUUUGUUCGUUCGCAUGCAGAACAAUCAUCCCAAGGAUAUCCAUUUGCUGGACACGCAGUAUCGUAUGCAUCCGGAGAUUAGUUACUUUCCAAGCCAGACAUUUUAUGAUGGCAAACUUCUGGAUGGCGACAACAUGGGCGGAUUGCGCCAGCAGCCGUGGCAUGCCAGCGCAAUUCUCGGUCCAUACCGCUUUUUCGAUGUUCAGGGUCAGCAUCAAGCGGCACCGAAGGGUCACUCUCUCAUCAACUUGGCUGAGAUUGAAGUGGCGAUGCAAUUGUUCAAGCGACUUAUGAGCGAUUUCAGGGACUAUGAUUUUAAGAACAAGGUGGGCAUCAUUACGCCAUACAAGAGUCAAUUGCGCGAGCUCAAGAUGCGCUUUGCGCGUUCUUUUGGCGAGUCCAUCACCGACAUUAUCGAGUUCAACACUACGGACGCCUACCAAGGUCGCGAAAGCGAGAUUAUCAUUUUUUCGUGCGUACGUGCCAGUCCAGCUGGCGGCAUUGGUUUCUUGCAGGACAUUCGACGUAUGAACGUCGGUCUCACGCGUGCCAAGUCGUCAUUGUGGGUGCUGGGUAACUCUCAGAGCUUGAUUCGGGGUGAGUUCUGGAGGAAGCUUGUGGAAGAUGCGCAGAAGAGGGAAAGAUAUACCCAGGGGAACUUGAUGCAGAUGCUGCAGAAGCAUUCAUCUUCUUUCCCGGCGCCUAAGUACUUGAAGGGGGUUAAGCCGAAGUCUGCAUCUGGGGAUGUCAAGAUGGAGGAUGUCAAGACGGAGGUCAAGGCGGAGGAUGUCAAGACGGAGGUAAAGGCGGAGGACGUGGUCAAGAUGGAGGGUGCUGUCAAGACGGAGAAUGCCUUUGGCAACGUCGCGCAGACUGGCAUCAAGAAGGAAAAGAAUGCGUUGCCCACCGGUGAUUGGGACGACUUCUACGAUGCAGAACCCGCCAAUGAGGACGUCGAGAUGAAAGACUACCAAUCGGAAACCUCGAGCGCCAACACGCCUAAAGGGGAGAUGAGCAACGAACGGCCCUCCUCGAGGCCCGGCUCCAAGGGCGGGUCGGAAGUGCGUCCAUCGGCCUCGAGCGCGGGCGCUGCACGUCCAAAGGCGGGUCCGGCGAAGAGAAAGCAACAGACGGAUCCGUUCAUCAGGCGAUCGGCGCAGCCCAAGAAGCCGCGGAACGCUUGAUCGCAGCAGCCCGGCGCUUGUUUGCUUGUUGCCCAAGCAGUGGGUUAUCAAUGCACCCGGGGCAGUGGUUCGUCGUGAAAGUCUGGGCAGGCGGCAUCAUAUAUCACCUGAGCAUUGAACGGCGUUAUAAGCUUUUUGCACGUCACAGUCAGCAUUAUUGCAUGGAGCGGAAGGGUAUGGGCUUUGCUGUAUUAUAGAGAUUCAUUCCGAGAUAGACGGUGGAGGGACGACCUAAUCUGGUCCGGGCGGGUUAAGCGGGCAUCUGCUACGGUAGAUACUAGCACUG